UUACAUGAUAAGGAAUGUUCUUGCUCAAUCGAUGGUUGAAUACUAGUAUAUUUUUGUUAAGUCGCUUGGUAUAUUUCGAUAUCACAAGUGCGGUCACGCUGCGCAGCAUAAACAAUGUUUAUUAAACAUUUUCCGCGUUUAUUUAUCAACUAACUAUCUAGCUCUCGAGCUUGGUAAUUUGCCUCCAAAAGCGGCAUAAAUGAGCAAAAUACAGCGCAUAAGUGUUUUUCAGAAGGUUUAUUUUGUAAUUAGGUGAUAAGACACCCGCGGUUAGUUGUGCCACCUCACAACGCACAUGGAGAAUUCUACGGCGUCGCCGUCGAAGACAACGACAACGCCAAAGAAACGUAAGCAUAGCGAAUACCAUGAUCCGGAUUAUGGUUUUGGCUACCCUAGCCAAAGUGUCGAUACCUCAAAGGAGAAACGCGUAAAGCUAGAGCAAAUCUACAACUCGGAUGACGAAUGUUGUGAUCAGCAGCAGGAUGUAGCAAUCGAUAACUCACCGCGGAGAAAAGAGAAUGCGGCACAACUGAAACGUAUUGAGGAUAUUGUGCGAGCUGAAUUCCAGAAGGAGUUGAACCUCAAGGAACAGCAGUUGAGCGAGAUUGACAGUCGAUUGCUGCAGGCGCGGCAGCUACUGGACAAGUUACGCUACCAUGUGGUCAGCGAGUACUAUAAGAAGCAGCAGGUGUCGCUGUCAGCAGCCGAUGUCGCUAGAAUACGCUCGAGUGACACAUUGUUCGGCGAUGGUGCCGAACACAAUGGUGCGCAACUAGCAUUGCAUCCGGCCAUCAAGAAGAUUGUGGGCAAACGUCCUGCUCCCAUUCAAUUGCAUCUGCCAGAGCGAACAGCCGCCACUUUGGCCAAACAGACAAUUCGGCUAAGAAAUCCAGCGCAUCGACGAGCAGAACGUCGGCGGCAGAUGAAAAUACGAGAAAAAGGUAUUGUCACGGACCAUUCACAGGAUAAGGUGAAGAAGACGAAUGAAGUUAGCUGUGAUGAGCAACCUUGCACCAGCAAGCAAGCAUACAAGCGUGAACAGGAGCAACUACUGGGAAGAGGACUUGACUCCAGCUCUGUGCCGGCCCUGAAUACCUCACGCUUAAAUAACAAGAAUAAAUUCCACUUUGUGAUAGGCAAUACCUCGAAGUACAUCGGUGGUUCAGACUAUGAACCGCAAGGCAGUCAGGGAUUGGCGUACAAGUGGCUGGUCUAUGUCCAGGCCAAGAAUUUGCCUCAUCCAAUGGAGACGUAUCUUAAAAAAGUACGCUUUCAACUGCAUCAUUCGUAUCGACCCAACGAUAUUGUGGACGUGCACUCUCCGCCCUUUCAGCUUUCACGUCGGGGCUGGGGAGAGUUUCCCAUGCGCAUUCAGCUCUACUUCCAGGAACAUUUGCAACAAAAGCCCGUUCAACUAAUGCAUACUAUUGUACUGGACAAAACAAUGUGUGGAUUGCACACAAUGGGCGGGGAGACCAUAGUUGAGGUUUGGCUUCGUGCCGAUGCGAUUGCUCCACCUGAAACAUCUACGACAACUGCACCCGUAGCAAUCAAGCGAGAGCCACUUAUAGCGCCAUCUACGUCUGCUUCUGCUCCUGCUUUGCAUUUGAUGGCGGAUAGCUCGAAGCCGCGAACGAUAUCAAUAACUCAAAAUAAGGAGGAACUCGAUGAUAAUUUAUUUGCUUGCAUCAAUAAGAUCGAAUUAAGCGACGACAUUGAGCAAAUUGAACCUACUGUUCUUGUAUCGGAGCCAUUGAAGCUUAGCAGCCCUAAAAAAGCACAACCCACACCCGUUACGCCCAUCAAAAUGCAUACCCGCCUCAAUUCCAUGGAUACAACCUUCAAUAUGCGUUCGCCAGCAGCCAGUCUGAAUGCUCACAUGUCCGUUAACGCAAAUACUUAUAGAAAUCCGCAUGAGCUGCAUAAUGGACACAAUAAGGGCCAAGUUAAGAACGUAGUGUUCCAGAAGGCUGGCAAACUCUACAUCAUUGAUCCCCUGCAGUCAAAACUAAAGCAAGCAGCCAAACAGCAAUCGCUGCUGAAGCCACAGCUUAGCUUGCUUAAGCAGCCACAGCCAGCGCAGCAGUUGUCGAAGCGGUGGCACAUUCUACAGUGUAUUCAACAUGAUCACGGCUAUGCCAACAUGAGUAGUGACGAGGCACUGUCAAUGCCAGUUGUGCCACAAAGCCAACGCCUACGCUUGGAGCAGGUGUUUAAUGGCAUUCAAUUCCAGAGUAUGCGCACUGCCGUUGAAUUUCUGCUACGUCGAUUGCCAUUGACUGGUCUCUCAAGUAGCGAAUAUGUAUUUGGCACUCAGACAAUGUCAGCGUUUUUGGUUCAACCUGCGUUGCGUCAACGUUUCUACGAGAUUAUGCGCGGUCGCCUUUUGUCUCGUUGCAUGCGUCAUCACCAGCGCUUGCAGCAUCUGCAUUCGACAGGCAAGGAAUACUUUUGGAGCGUACGUGAGAUUGUCGCCUUUGCGCGUCUCCAUGGCUACACGCCGCCCCUGAAAAUGCUUUGUGUUACCCGGGAUAAAACAACAUCUGCGCUAACUCCUUUAUCAGAGCGGGUCCAGCAGCAACUGAAGGAGGAGCCGCAUCAACAGUUUCAAACAUUUUGCACUCUUAGCACAAGAACCCGCCUAGACAAUUGGCUAACUGGAAACGCAAAACGCUUGCAAUGCCGUGUUGAACAAGUGGAGGAAAUGCAAUUAGUCGAUGUGCUUGGAUUGGAUGCAUCUACAUCGCGAAUUCCCAGACCACCAAGCAUUCCUCAUAAUAAUCCUAAUAACCAUCAGACGCUAUAUUUACCGCCACCGUCGAAACUUGAAGCUGCAACACAGCUUGUGCGCGACAUGUGUAAAGAUGUUGGCAUUGUCCUCGAUACGGAGCAGUGUGUACCGGGAGUUUCGCAGUCGUUAGCUCUCACAUUGCUAGCCCAUGUGUUACAAAUGUUUAUCGAAAAACUAGUACGCCGUGCAGCGAGUAAUAAGCUGCAGUUGCAGCAGCAGCAGUCACAUGCAAUAGAGACGCUGCCUCCCGCCGCAUCCAACGUGGAGUUAGCCUUAUCGCCCUAUGAUAUAGGGCGAGUCAUCGCGAAAAGUGAUGAGCUCGACUUUCUUGGUAAUUGUAAUCUUGGUGUGGCCAGCAGGGAUAAUCAGUCCUAGUCAUCGCGAUAGAUGCCAUGUGUUUUGUUGUUACUCUUUUACCUAUCGUGUAGUUUCAAAUUCUCGGGGAUAUUAUAGUUGUUGAUUUAUAAGCUAUUACUAGUUACAAUAAGAAUGUAUUGAGUACAUAUUUAAUUCAAGAUUUAAAUUAUAUUUUUUACGUCACACUUUCAAUAAAAUAUAUUUAUAUAAAAAAAGAAAAACUCGAAUUUUUUUGAUUGAUAGUCAAAAUGAUCGGAGUAUGUUACUAAAUGGUUGGAAUUCUUUCCGAAUGUUAUAGAAAUAGAACAAGACAUUUGUUUUUUUUAAGUAAAUAUACAUUUAUUUCAUUAAAUGAUUUUUUUGCUUUUCAACAAUGUAAAUAUUCAGCUAAUUUUGUUUGUUUGUUGUUUUUUUAUUUGUUGUAACGUACCCUAAGUUAUUGCAUUUAUGUUUUAUGUAAUUGUUGUUAUAUUGUUCUCCGUUGAAACGAUCUACAUACAAUCAAUUAAGGUAAAUAGUUUAGUAUAAUUAAUGGAUACAGAUGUCAUACAUAUGUAUGUAUGUAUGCAUAGAUGUCAUUGGAUAAAAUUAAAAAAGUAGAAAAUUCAAUUUGUUAUGACAGCAAACCAAAGAGAAGGAUGUGUGUUUGAGUUAUAAUACUUGAAUUUAUGAACCUAAAGUAUAUUUGUAUUUCGCUUAUACAUAGUUAUAUUUCUCAUGAGUGUAGAAUCACAGCCUUUUCACGAACACUGAACGUUCAAGUUCUGUUCGGUUUGAAUUGUCCAGUAUUUAAAGAUAUCGUUUUUAUUUAUAUUUUUUUGUUUUGUGUUUUUUUAUGAUAUUCGCAUACAUCAUUCAUAUAUUUUGUACGCAAUCUUAGUGUUUUAAAUUUUGUAAUGUUUUUAUCAGUUUGUUUUGUUUAAUAAUAAUUGCGUCGCAAGUGCUUUGAUUACUCUAAUUGAUUAGGUGGCUGGCGCUUCAUAUAAUAUAGGUAGGCAAAUACGUACACACAUAGACAGAUAUACAUAAUUGUUACUUAUGUACAAAUAAAUAUUCAUAAAUUAUGUUAAAUAUAUUAUACAUUUCUAAACAUAUAUAAUUGUUGUAAUUACUUCUCAUUGAUGCGUUUUAAUAUUAAGGCAAAGAUUGUAACUAAAUGUGUUAAUAAUAAUCAUUGUAUGUUUCUAACAAAUAUCAUUACAAGGAAUAA